AGCUGCGCGUUCCGCACCGACACGGCCGAUGUUAUCAUCGGUCUCACAUUUAUCAGCGUGCGACGGUUGCGUGUAAUGGGUUUCUAGGGGGAUUUUCUUGUGUGCCUGCUUUGUUUUGGUAGCAGCUUAUGAAGUAGUUAGCUGUAAUGGCAGACUGCGGGAAGAGUUGUUCAGCGUGGGUGUAAAACCCCUUUCUGUCAUUUUUUAUUUCUAAGGAAACCUAGUACGGCUACCCUAAGGGUCAUCUAGGGGUGUUAGAGCUCCGUGGUCUUUAAGGUCCCUUCUAACCUGAACCAUUCUUUUGGUUCUAUGGGACUAAAAGUUUACUUAUUUCUUUUAAGUUAUUGUUCUCGUUGGUGCCCCCCAGCACAAGCAGUCUGGGUUGGUAUUUUGCAGCCCGCUUACUCCCUUAUGGAUGGGCUUUGCUCACAUGUUGGGAAGAGCGUGAACUCACAGUGUAGCCUGGGCUGACAGGAGCAGCUAUUGCUAAGAAUCUCUGGAGGAAAAGGGAGACUCUUGUACUGGAGAGAGGAGCACAGAUGAGCAGCAGUAGUUACCUGCUUGGUAAGUUACUCACAGAGAGGGAGCAGUAACAGAAUUGGGUUGCAAGGAGAGAGUCAGUUAAUGUGAUCUCAUGAAUUCCUGGAGAUGCUGGACCAACUUACUCCUAAGGUUGCUUUAUAGUUGGCUGAAAGUCAGUGAUAUUAUUAUGAUUGGUACUUAAACUAGGAGAUGCUUACUUGUGAGCUUCUGAGAAUUUUUUUUUUCCUUUUUCUGAAUUUAAUCAGAGUUGUCGAGUUUGGUCGUUCUGCCUGGAAGUGAGGAAUUAGGUGGAAGGUGAAGGCUGGUUCUAUAUGGUUCUAUUUCUCCUGACAAGUUUUUCUGAUCCACUUUGCAGUUAGAUGUAAGUUAUAGUAACUAAAGCACUUCUGGCAGUAGGCCUGGGAUGAUUGCAUGAUCCAAGGGUUGUGCAUGCUGAAGGAUUCCUGCUCUUGGCUGCUGCCUCUUCCUUUGUCUUGUGUCAUCUCAGGCAACUGCUGAACUGCACAGGAGUUACAAGUAAACUUACAAAGAAACCAAAGAAACACGGAAAACAACUUUUGGGGCAUGCAAAUGAGUAGCAACAGCUUAAUGUCAAUCCAUUUUGCAUUUUGUUCAAAUUAGGAAUAAUCUUCAGUGUUAUUCUGAUGUUAGAUAAACUGUGUCCAGGCUGCUGAUGACUAAAGACAGUUUUUGGAUAACUUGUCAUCAAGUUAUCCGACAGAAAACUUAAGCUGCCAUCACACUGCAGUAGUGUGGUGGAAUGUAGUGGAUGAAGGAAGGGUGAUUGGGAUCUCAGCAGGUCAGGCCGUCUGACUGGAGGGCUGCCUGUUUUACAGAGAAUUGGGCUGCUGUCGACUGCCCCACUGUAAAGGGUAUUUCUGAGCCACAGCUUUUACAUGGGUGUUUUUUGGAGGGGAAGGUCAGUUUGAAGACUGUUGUGGUCAAAACUGCAGUGCAUUAAGAAGUGCACAGCUUGGAGGAUCUUGACUUAAUCUCUGUUCCUCUCUGAAUUUUAAAGCAAAAUAUUUCCAGGUGAGGCAGGCUUGUGGCCCAUUACUCCCUGGAAAACUGUUCUUAUGUUGCUUUAUUGCCUGGAGUGUGAAUAAAGCAGUACCGUUUAAGUACUUGGACAAGGAUUCUUUAGCUAAAUGAAGGAAAACGGAGUAAAUUUGUUUCUUGCUUUCUUUUCAGCUUUCUGGAAACUUGCAUAUCUGCAGUAGGUGAUAAAACUGCUGUAGUGUUGGAGGGUUAAGACAAAGAGCAAGUGUUAACCCAGUUUUCAACACUUUAUUCUUGACCCUACCCAUGACCUUGCAGCUUUUUCCUGAUGUUGGUUAAAAUAAUCAGAUGCACAUUGGAAACGAAGUUAUUUGUUUUAUUUUCAGAUGCUGAACGAUGAUUUAAACUGAACGGCUAAGGUCUGGGAAACAAGGAAGAUCUAUUCUCUUAACAAUGGCAGCAAAAUCAUCACUCCUUAAAGUAAUACUGCUAGGAGAUGGUGGUGUUGGGAAGAGUUCCCUUAUGAAUAGAUACGUCACCAACAAGUUUGAUGCACAGCUUUUUCAUACGAUAGGUGUGGAAUUCUUAAACAAAGAUUUGGAAGUGGAUGGACACUUUGUCACUCUGCAGAUCUGGGACACAGCAGGUCAGGAACGUUUUAGGAGCCUGCGGACUCCUUUCUACAGAGGUUCUGACUGUUGCCUGCUUACCUUCAGCGUGGAUGACUCUCAAAGCUUCCAAAACUUAAGCAACUGGAAGAAAGAGUUCAUUUAUUAUGCAGAUGUCAAGGAGCCCGAAAGCUUUCCAUUUGUGAUAUUGGGUAACAAAGUUGAUAUAAAUGAGAGGCAGGUGUCUACGGAAGAAGCCCAAGACUGGUGCAGGAAUAAUGGCAACCAUCCCUAUUUUGAAACCAGUGCAAAAGAUGCCACUAAUGUUGCAGCAGCCUUUGAAGAAGCUGUUAGAAGAGUUCUAGCCUCUGAAGAUAGAUCGGAUCAUUUUAUUCAAACGGAUACAGUAAACCUUCAUCGGAAACCGAAACCUAGUUCAUCUUGUUGUUGACUUUUUUCUUUUUUGCCAAAUUACUUUCAACUAGCUUACUCUGUAAGAGGAUGGGAAAGAUGUAGAUAAAAUAACAAAUGGGUUCUGCUCUAAUACUGAAGUUGUAAUACUCUGCUGCUUUCCUGGAGGAGCAAAACAGAUUUCCAUUCACAAGUGACCCAUUAUUUAAUUAGUGACACUUCGUAUCAGGAAGGUGUCAAGUAAAAAUCUUAAUGUAAGAAUGUAAUUUGCCAACUCUAAAUGAUAAAUACUUUGAAUAUAAUUAAAACUUGAAGUUCUAGAAGCACUACUUCGUGGAAACUGUUCUGGAAUUCAGAUACAAAGAAACUUUUAUAUGUAUAUAUAUUUUUAUGAAAUUAGCAUUCCAUUUUGUUUCACUAGAACUCAGUUUCUUAACAAUGCUAGAUACUAAACUUUAGUCUCACUGCAUUCCUUUUGAUUUGUGUGGUACUUCAUCUCUAAUGCAUUUACUACAAGUUAACAUAAAUUCAAGUUUUCUGUAAUUGCUAUAAUUUGUGUAGGUUUUUAAGUAGGAAAUAAAUUUCCUACAUAUUUAAUGUUCAUCUUCCUUUUGUUUACUAUUCUAAUGCCAUAUGAAUUUUUCCAGCAGUUCAAUGCAAAAUGUGAUUUAUUUUUUUAAUACAUGUCUUCCCAUUAUGUCCCGUUCUGGCAUGUUUCUGAUUGAUAGGAUAAAAAAAAAAUCUGGAUAAACAAAGUAUUUUUCAUAACUGAAAAUGGUUACAUGUACUUUAUUUGGUCAGCUUUAGUAACUCUUGGUAACUUGCCAUAAUGUGGAUCUCUUCAAGAAAGCUUUUAGUAUACAGCCUUAAAGUUCUGACCUUAUUGUUCUUGUUCACCUGAGCUAUGAAUGUGUUUGUGAUCUCUGUACUGUGAAACUAAGGAUUUGCAAUACAUAGGGAACUCAGGAAGCUCUUGACUUAGCAGGUAGUGACAGCUUUCCAGUCUAGUACGAGUAGAUACCUAUAACUAAUGUUUGAGCCAAAUUUGAUGCUUAUUUAAUAUGCCAUCGUAGGGUAGAGACUUAAACUUUGGUAUUACUGUACUCAUUAACUGACAGUGAACAGAAACAAGUUCCAUGUUCAAUGGAUAAUCUUUCUGCAGUGUUGCAGAUGAAGCCACAGGAUGUGUAUUUGAAGCUCUCCACUGCUGUCCCAUGGUAGAAUACUUGUAUGAGAAGUUCUUGAAAGCUGGCUCUCAGAGUACUCAAUAUCCUUUUAAUAGCAAACUUGAUAAUGCACUAUUGCUUCAAUGUGUAACCUGACUACAAGCAUGCCUGUUAGUGUACACAUUGUAGACCUCAGAAGGAAAUCAAAGGCCUACAGGACGGGCCGUGUUUUUCACUAAAUUAUGCAGACUCUGCUUUCUGUACUGCAAUCUUUUUGUUGUAAUAGAGAAGCUUUUCUAGAUAGUACAGUAACAGCAAGAGUCUUCUCUUAACGUGUUUGCUUUGUACCAGAUGUUAUUUAGAAGUAAAGCUUGCAAAACAAACUUCUUGUUGCUCUUAUAUGCUUUUCUCAAUGUUUUCUUGUUUGAACCUGUUCAUAACCAUGUUUACUCCACAGGUCUGCUGCUCCUGCUGCAAGGUGAUAUUUUGACAAAUUCUGCAUUCCAAGUCUCCUUCAUUCUUAGUGUCCUGUACAUACAGUGACAGAGUUGUGUUUUAAGUUUCAGUCACUGAACUGCUAAAUACAGGCUGACCUGCUGCUUCUGUGAUAUUUAGAUUUAUAGUGAGUGAAGGAAAGAUGUGAGGAAAGAAAGAAGGUAAGCUAGAUUGAACCUUAAUUUCCUUGAACCUUAACUUUUGCAGAAGUGAGACUGAAAUAAAACAGUAGAUGAAAUUACCAUUUGAGUAUUAUAAUUAAAACUUUAAUAAUAAUAUCUAUAAAAGGAAAUAAGGAUGAAAACCAGGUGUAGCAGUUUUUCUUGUGCUUAAUAGCCAAUUUCUAUUUUCUCCUGUUUCUCCUAUCAUUUCUAUGUAAUGCCAUGAUUACCCAGCCUCCUUAUGAGAAGCAGGUUUAAUAAAUUAAACGCCAUUUGACACAGUAGGCAUAGUGUGCCAUGAGAACUGCUCUACCGUAACUGUGCACUAAUUACAAAAGUGAUAAAGGAAGUUUACAUGCUGUAGUGAAUAAGACUGCAGCCUAUGUAGAAGUUGGCUUUGGUGUGAGAGAGACUGCCAAGAACUUGGAACUGGCAGCUGUAUGACAAGCAGAUAUGGAUUGUACCAAAAUAAACAUCUUCAUCUUAGCAACAAA